AUGGCGCCGUACAGCUCCGAGCCUAGCUCGUUUCCCGAUCCAGUCGAUCUCACCCACCACCUAUCACGAAGUACACGAGCGCGUGAGGCUUCCGCCAUCAAGAAGUUUUACAAGUACUUCCAGAUACCUGGUAUUGCACAAUUAGCCGGAGGCCUGCCCAACGACCACUACUUUCCAUACGACACACUCGAAGCCAAGGUUGCACACCCGAAUCGAUGGCAGCCAACGCCAAACAAGCCCGUCGACCCGCCCGCCGAAGACCCCCCAUCCUCUCAAUUAGCCAAGACGUCCAUCAUCCCGCGUAAGGAAAAGACGCCGCCGUCGUCGCGCCUCGUCGUCCCAAAGAACUCCAACGUACCAGACCCUCUCCGCAUGAUCGAUUUGAAGUCGGCGCUACAAUAUGGACAAGCUAUGGGCUACCCAGCCUUGUAUCAGUUCAUUCGUCAGUUCACAAGAGAGAACCUACAUCCUUUUGUACCAUACAAGAGUGGCCCAGAAGUCAUCUUGACCUGUGGCUCUACCGAUGGCUUCUCCAAGACGAUAAUUGCCCUCAGUGAUGAGUGGUCAGCCGAUCACGACCCUGUCGAUGAAAGGCCUGGUAUUCUUUGCGAGGAGUACUGCUACAUGAAUGCUAUUCAGACGUGCAGGCCACGCGGCUUCAACAUUGCAGCCGUGGCUAUUGAUGACGAAGGCAUGAUGGCCCAAGGUCCUGGAGGAUUAGAAGAUGUUCUGGAAAACUGGGACUUUUCAAAGGGUCGCAGACCGCAUCUCAUGUACACUGUCACCAUUGGCCAGAAUCCAACAUCAGGUACCUUAUCAGUCCAGCGACGAACGGAGAUAUACGCCCUCUGCGUCAGGUACGAUGUAAUCAUCAUCGAGGAUGACCCGUACUGGUACCUACAAUACCCGUCUUCUUCGUCUAGCAGCGUUCCCCCAAAGCCUACAAAGUCUUCAGGCUUCGAGUUCCUGGACAGCCUCAUCCCCUCCUACCUAAGCGUAGAUUACCAAGGCCGCGUCGUACGCCUCGACACCUUCUCCAAGACCGUCGCCCCAGGCUGCCGUCUCGGAUGGAUUACCGCACAACCCGCGCUCGUCGAGCGCAUCCUACGCAUCACCGAAACCUCCACCCAGCAGCCCUCUGGGUUCGUACAAUCGAUGAUCGCAGAGCUACUCAUGGGCCCACAAUCCUCCAACGACCCAGGAAAGGGAGGCUCCGCAGACGGCAGCGGCUGGAAAGUUGACGGCUGGGUGCGCUGGCUCGAAGGCAUGCGAGGCAACUACGAACGCCGCAUGCAGCAAAUGUGCGACGUGCUCGACACGGGCCGGGAAGUUGUAAAAGCCGGUCGACGCAAGAGUCUCGUUGAAGUCACAGAUGACAGCGACGACUGGGCUGUAGUCGAGAAGAAACCCAUGUACUCUUUCGUCCGACCGCUGGGCGGCAUGUUCGUCUGGGUACGCUUCGAUUUCUCGUCCCAUCCCCUCGCCAAACAAGUCCCUGGCGCCCGUCUUGCACAGGCUCUCUGGGUCUUCUGGACAACGAAACCUUAUGUUAUUCUCGUUGCGCCUGGAAGUAUGUUUGCAGCCAACGAAGAGAUCAGAGUAAAGGACAGCUUUAACUGCUUCAGACUGUGUUUUGCGGCAUGUCCGGCUGAGGAGGUCGAUGAUAUUAGUAGGAGGUUUGUGGAUGGUGCGCAGGCUUUUUGGCACAUCAAAAGUAAGAGUAAGAUUGAUAAGUUGUUGGAAGAGGAGGAGGAUGCGGUUGCGGGUGUGGAUCAUGUGGCCGGUAUGGCGGUGUUGACGGGGAUGUGCUGA